GGGGGGGCGGCGGCGGCCGGCCGCGAGCUCCGGCGGUGCCGCAGGAGGAGCAGGAAGCGCCGGGGCGAACCCAGCCUCGCCAUCACAUGACUCAGCAGCAGCAGCCGCCGCCACCGGGCUGAGCCCAGCCGGGAGGGGGAAACCUGCCGCUGCUGCCGCCGCGAUGAGCCCGCCGCCCCGCGGCCCCUGAGCCUUGAGCACCCCGGCCCGGCUCGGCUCGGCCCGGCCUGGCUCGGAGCUCCCCCCCCGGUGCGGGGUUGCGGCGGGGGCUCCCCCGUUGCGGGGGGCUCCCCGGCGGCGGCUGCGGCGGGGUACUAUGCUCACCCGGGUCAAGUCCGCCGUGGCCAAUUUCAUGGGCGGCAUCAUGGCUGGCAGCGCGGGCGGCGAGCACGGCGGGGGAGGCGGCGGCGGCUCCGACCUGCCCCUGCGCUUCCCCUACGGUAGACCCGAGUUCCUGGGGCUGUCCCCGGACGAGGUGGAGUGCUCCGCCGACCACAUCGCCCGGCCCAUCCUCAUCCUCAGCAAGGAGACGCGGCGCCUGCCCUGGACCACGGGCUACGCCGAGGUAAUAAAUGCAGGGAAGAGUACACACAAUGAAGAUCAAGCCAGCUGUGAAGUCCUCUUUGUCAAGAAGAAAUCUGGAGGCGCGAAUUCUACACCGAACAAGAAUUCAACAAAACGGAGGUCGUCGCUGCCGAACGGAGAAGGUCUCCAACUGAAAGACAACUCGGACACAGAUGGGAUCAGCCUGUACUACUGGUCCCUGUUCGAUGGACAUGCUGGGUCAGGAGCAGCGGUGGUCGCUUCCAAACUGCUGCAGCACCAUAUCCUGGAACAGCUGCAGGAGAUCGUGGACAUCCUGAGGAACACGGCCAUCCUCCCCCCCACCUGCCUGGGAGAGGAGCCUGACAACCCGGCCACCAACAGCAGGACACUGACACGGGCGGCCUCCCUGCGUGGCGGCGUGGGGGCCCCGGGCUCACCCAGCACCCCUCCAACACGCUUCUUCACCGAGAAGAAGAUCCCACAUGAGUGCCUGGUUAUUGGGGCUAUAGAAAGUGCAUUCAAGGAAAUGGAUUUGCAAAUAGAACGAGAGAGGACCGUGUAUAAUAUUUCUGGUGGCUGCACAGCCCUUGUGGUGGUGUAUUUAUUGGGGAAGCUGUACGUGGCAAAUGCUGGUGAUAGCAGGGCUAUAAUAAUCCGAAAUGGUGAAGUCAUUCCAAUGUCUUCAGAAUUCACUCCAGAGACUGAACGCCAGCGACUUCAGUAUCUGGCUUACAUGCAGCCCCACUUGCUGGGAAAUGAGUUCACACAUUUAGAGUUUCCACGGAGGGUGCAGCGCAAGGAAGUUGGAAAAAGGAUGCUCUACCGUGACUUCAACAUGACUGGCUGGGCAUACAAAACCAUUGAGGAAGACGACUUGAAGUUUCCCCUAAUAUAUGGAGAAGGCAAGAAGGCUCGGGUUAUGGCAACAAUUGGGGUGACCCGAGGACUGGGAGACCACGACCUGAAGGUGCAUGACUCCAAUAUCUACAUCAAACCUUUCCUGUCCUCAUCUCCUGAGGUGAGAGUCUACGACCUCCUGCAGUAUGAGCAUGGUCCGGAUGAUGUUCUUAUCCUAGCUACUGAUGGACUCUGGGAUGUUCUGUUAAACGAAGAAGUGGCAGAAGCUGUCACUAACUUCCUACCAAACUGUGACCCUGAUGAUCCCCACAGGUACACACUGGCGGCGCAGGACCUGGUGAUGCGAGCCAGGGGAGUGCUGAAGGACCGGGGCUGGCGAAUCUCCAACGACAGGCUGGGCUCUGGAGACGACAUCUCUGUCUACGUCAUUCCUUUAAUACACGGGAACAAGCAGUCGUGAGAGUAGCAUCGAGAGAGGUUGCAGAAAGGGGAUCUUUUCAGGAAGGGCCUCUAAGAGACGAUGUGUUUUUGGUGAUCUGACUGGGACAUCUCCAACUGAUGUAAUCUAUUCAAAGCUAAUGCUGGAGGGGUAUUUUUCUGCCCGAAAGGCAGGGCUCUGCACAUAUACUGUAUAUGAUUAAAGAUAACCCUUAAGAUUACAACUCCCCUAUAGAAAAGGUUUUGGUGCUUAACGGGAAUGGGAUUUAAAUGCUGCUAGCAUAUUAUGGAUUCUGUCAUCCCUCCAGGUGAAGACAUGAAAUAUGAGUUAAUUUUUUUCAGUUUACUAUGUAGCUUGGAAGAGCCAUUUCAGUUCUGAAAGUAGAGGUGGGUAUCAGAAGCCAUGGAGGCUCCUGAAGUCUAACCCCAGGUAUUCAGAGUAGUGACUUGGGUUACAUCUCAUUUAAAAGUACUUUUAUAUAUAUAUAUAUAUAUAUAUGAGACUCAAAAGUUUUCUUCUUCCAAAAAGUUGCUUUCAUGACUUACCUAUGGACAACUGCAAACUUGUGUAAUCCUUUGAAUCCCCAUUUUUCCUCUCAUCUCUUCUUCAGUAGACUAUACUCCUGUAUUUUAGUAGGAAAACUGAAAUCGUUUUUAGUGUGACUAUACCUGUUUACUGCAGCUAAAACAGCCAGCUGCAAAAUCGUCCAGGAGAAAUAGGUCACAGUCUUGUACUGCAAGAUUUGUUCUGAUACGAGGAGUUAUUUGUCGAGAUUCCCUGUUGUGUGUAUACCAUGCUUAUACAGGGCAAGCAAACUCAGCUUUAUGUGAUGUUUACCUGGAGGUUGUGGUUUCUUUGGGAUCAGAGAUUUUCAUUCAUUGAAUGGGUCUGUCUGCCUUAUCCUGUUGAAAGGAUCCCUGAACACACAGCUUUUGCAUCAGCUGGGAUUCGGUAAAUUUAUUUGGGCUCCUGAGUAUAUUUUCAUGUGGAUUUCUACUUGAAGUGACGAUAUUGUUCUGGUUAUCAGUUCGGGUACACAGAUAGUGAUCUGUUUAAGAAUGAUUUCACUUCUUCCUGCCUCACUUACUAUUCACCAUAUUCCUGCUUCCUGCUUGACUUGGCGAUCAGAAAGUGUCAGCUUAUAACUUUCUGUCCUCUCCGUUGUUGAGGACUGUAGUUGAGGAUCAAAAGAUCACUGUGAUAGUUACCAGCCCUUCACCCUUCACUAGCUUCAUCAGCUUUUUUUCUUACCAGUACUGAAUUGAUUUAAAUAAAGAAAACCUGAGUACAUUAUUGGAGUAAAAGCAAGUCCAAGGGAGUAACAACUGAGCAAAUCUGCAGCUUAACCUAGCUGCCUGCUCUUCAGACAGACAGCUCUUCACUUCAUUGGCUGCAAUUAAAAAAAAAAAAAAAAAAAAAAAAAAGGAAGGUUCUCAUAUAUAGGCAGAUGUGUCAGCUGGGGAGCCAGAUUCAACCUAAAUUGCUCCCAGACCACGUUCUUUUGGAGCUGCUAAUCCGGCUUGUACAUAAAAGCUACUUCUUGAAUAGCCAAAAGACAGGGAGCUGACAUAAUUGCAGAGCACUGACUGGGCAUCUCACAAAUGUUAUAUCCUUUCUAAAGGAGAAACUGCCAGCUCUAAGAGGAGGAUGCUAUGUCCUUUGUGCUCCCUGAGGUGUGCAGACUUUCUCCUGAACAGGAGUAGCCUAGAGCUUGCCAGUUUUAUAAUUUAUAACGUGCUAUGUAAACAAAGAACAGUGCUGUUUGGUAUAGCUGCCCAGAUGCUUUAUUUGAUUGCAUCCAAAAGUACGUGUGCAACAUUCUCAGAGAAUUUCAAAUGCCCUUCUCUAAGUCUCUAGACCCAGUAGGAGUUUCAGAGGUGAGCUGAGCCGAUGCGGAGUGUGUGAUGGCUCACACAUGCAGCAAACUGCAUGAUUUUAGCCUGGAAGCUGUUCCAUGCGUGCCCCAGUGCCUGCAUAUGAUAAAGCUGUGCAGAACACUGAGGUUUUAUGUUCUAGAGCUUCAGUAUAAAUCAACCGUGUAUCUGAUUAUGUGUUAUCACACUAUCUAUUCCUUUUUAUUUUUUCCCCUUUACAUCUUUUUGUAUGAGCAAAUGGGUGAAAAGAGAUCUGCAGGUUUGGAGUCUAGAGUAUUUUUCACAUGGCCCCACAUAUGUUUUGAAGUUCAAGCAAGAGAUCUGCUCUUGCAGUCUUUUUUUUUUUUUUUUUUUGGCCUAAUAAACUUGUAAACAUGCUUUUCAUGCUCUGUGUAACUCCUGUUGUCUCUUUGCAAAUGCAGUUGUGUAGUCCUUUAGCAAUAAAGAUCCUCUUUAAUGAA